AUGGGCUAUCAAAACCCCAUCAUUCCAGGAUUUAAUCCGGAUCCAACAAUUCUGCGGACGGGUGACGACUAUUUCGUUGCUACGUCUACUUUUGAAUUCUUCCCUGGUGUUCCAAUUUACCAUUCUAAAGACCUGAUCAAAUGGACGACCAUAGGACAUGCAUUCAAUCGUCCCAAUCAGUUGAUGAUGCGAGGCACAGCUCCAAGCGGUGGAAUUUUUGCCCCAACACUUCGGUACAAUAAAGGUUAUUACUACCUCAUAACCACCUGGUUCGACAUUAUAAAUCCCCCGGAUAAUGUCACUCGUAUCCCACGUUCGAUGUAUGUAAAGACUAAGAACAUAUUCGACGAGACCCAGUGGAGCGACCCGGUAUAUGUCGACCAGUGGGGUUUUGACCCAGAUCUCUUUUUUGAUGAUGAUGGAAAGGUUUACUUCUCUAGCACUUUUGGCGCAAACGAUUUUGGGCACCCCAAUUCUGGGUAUUUCUCCAUCUUUACGAGCGAAAUCGAUAUUAAGACAGGAGAUUCAUUGACUGAGUCCCGCUUCUCUCAUCAAUCACCAUUACCACUCGAUACACCUCGACUGGCAGAGGGGUCACACAUCUACAAAAUUAAUGGGACCUAUUAUUUGAUGACUGCUGAGGCGGGUACAGAAGUGCAGCACCGUGCCAUGAGUUAUCGCUCCAAAGUGGGGCCAUACGGACCAUGGGAAGAAAGCCCAUACAACCCCAUCGUAUUCAACGGUCGUAACCUCUCCCAACCAAUUCUCUCAACUGGACACGCGGAUAUGGUUCAAACACCGAAUGGAGACUGGUGGGCCGUCUUUCUCGGCACUCGCCCACAAAAUCCGACCAACUCGAGUGGUCGACCUCAGCUUGGACGAGAAACCUUUUUGGCACCUGUGCAAUGGACGAAAGACGGAUGGUAUACGAUCAAUGGCGGGAAAGAUAUCACUUUUGAUAUGCCAGGGUUGUAUAAUUUGGAUACGCCAAAGGUGUGGAAGGAUAGCUUGAAAGGCGGUUUCGCGGACAAGAACUAUUACACCGUUCGUACGCCUUACAAGGCAUUCCACACAUUCCCCAAGACUGGAGGUCUUAAUAUCAGAGGCAACAUAUAUUCCCUAAGCGACCGUGAGACGGCAGCGGCCUUUUUCCGUAAACAGAGCGACAUUUCGACCGUUUUCUCAACCAAAGUCAAGUUUACACCUACUUCCACCCGGCACGAGGCAGGAAUCACAAUUUACCUCUCAAUACACUAUCACAACGAGAUCGGUAUCACUAUCAACCCUGGGUCAAAUAAGACGGCCAUUUUUGCAACGACCAGGAGCGGAGAGAACGCGACUGCUAACACGACAUAUGUGGACCUUCCAAACGGGGUCAACGAGGCAAGACUAUUCAUCAAGGCUGAGCCGAGCAAGUAUUCUUUGGGGUACGCGACCGGUAAUGGCGAACCUACGUACAUAGCGAGUGUGGACAGUAAAUGGCUUCAGGCUUACCUACAAGGAUGGCAAAACUUCGUCGGCUCGCACUUUGGUAUUUAUGCGAGCAGUAAUGGAUUGCCUAUUCUUCAGUCUGCGAACUUUGCUUACAUUCAAACUGAAAGACAAUAA